ACAAGUACGUCAAAUUUUGACAUUUCUAGAAUAAAAUUUCCAUUUGGAAAAGUUCUAAAAACAGCACAUGUUUUCAAGAAGUAAACUAUAAUAAAUUAUGGGCAUAGAGGAUUCUGAAGUGAACAAAUUAUACAUUCGUCUACCAGUUAAAAGACGAGAAUUAGACGAAUUUGUCAUUCGAGACUUGCAUCCAAAUAUAAUCAAAGUCUUUCUUCCUAGACAAAAAUCUGCAAAUUGGUGUAUAGUUCACUUUGAGAAUAGUGAAAAAUUAAAGGAAGCAUUACCCAUUUUAAAGGAGAAAAAGAUACAGAACAAACUCAUCAAAAUCAAAAGUUGCAAGCAGAGUAACAAACAAAAGAAAGAAAAGAAGCCAGCAGAAUACUCCACAAAUUCUUUAGAGAGCUUGUUGAAUCAAAAGUAAGGAAAACAUGCCUCCCCAAUUUUUAGGCAAUCCUUUUGACCAGGGAGACCUGGGACCUGAUGAUGACUUUGAUGUAGAUGAUGACUGGAUUUCAUUUAAUAAUGAAGCGGGUAGGGAAUUAGGAUUGAUUAUAACUGAUCUAAGGCAAGUGAAUGAAGACGUUGAAGACUAUUUUGGCUCAAAUGACGAGUUCGAAUUCGAGGAACAAGGAUACCUUGAUGCUGAAACAGAUACAGUAGAUGACGAUGUAGAAACAGACUCUAAUCCACCAGUAGAUGACCAUAUAGAAACAGACUCUGAUCCAGUAGAGGGCUAUUCUGAAGAGUCACAAAGCAUGUCUGAGGAUGAAUAUGAAUAUGAACAUGAAUAUGACUAUGAGGAUGAUAAUGACGAUCCUGAUGCCUCAUGCAGUUCUUCUUUGUUCACCAUGUCUCAGGAUAGUUGUUAUGAAUAUAUGGAUGAAGUACUAGGUGACCCGGAGGGAUCGCGCAGUCCGUCUCUUUAUACCAUGUCUGAGGAUGAUGAUUGUGAUGUUUUGACUGACUUUUUCAAUUAUGCUGCUGAACGAGCAGCUGCAGAAAUCGUUCAUACAAAAGAAGAUAGUCCGAAAGUAGCAGAAGAAAGUCCUAAAGUAGCAGAAGAUAGUCCUAAAGUAGCAGAGUCAAAUUCCAGUAUCGAUUCAACAGAUUGUUAAGGUAUCAGGCAUAUUUUAUUUCUCUCAAUUUUUUAUGUGGUCCUUAAAUUAUUUAAAUUACCAUGUAAAUAUUUUUUUAAUGUUCAACGUUGACUCUCUUUUGUAUUAUAUCCCAGAAAAUCUUAUAAGGUGAUAGUAGUCAUUGUUAUUAUUAUGCACCGAAUUAUAUUAUGUAAUAAAAAAUAUAUUUCUUGUUCAAAUUUUGCGAUUGUGCUCUAUUAUCAAUUUUGUGAGAUAAUGAAAGCUUUUCUUUUUAUUAUUUUUUAAACGUCAAUUGGACGGGAUUCUGCAGAAAGGAUCCAAACCACACUUUGUUAAAACUGAGAUAUUAGACAAAAACUUUACGAUAAAAUUUAAAAUUCUCUAUUAAAAAUAAUCAUGUUUAACAUUAAAAUCGUCAAUAUAUGCAUUAGAUUUGAUUUAACACAUACUGUUUGAUUCAAGAAAAUAGUUGUUUUUCAAAAAAAAAAUUUCCAUGGUUGAGAUAAUAAUCAGGCGUAUAAUAUAAAAAAAUGUUAAUAUGAAAUUACUGGGAGUUAAUAAUUUGUUCGAUUUCAAAAUCUGGAAGUCCCGUGAAUUCAAAAAAACAGUUUUUUACAAAAAUUCCACUUUUGUGGCUUGGUUCCCUUCUGCAGAACAACUUAAGUGAAUUCAAAGUUAACAAACAUUUAUUUUCCAUUAUUGAGUUACAUAAUCAGGCGUAUAAUCUAAAAAAAAAUGUUAAUAUGAAAUUACUCGGAUUUAAUAAUUUGUUCUGCAAGUCCCGUGAAUUCAAGAAAACAGUUGUCUUAAAAAAUCCACUUUUGUAGCUUGGUUCCCUUCUGCAAAAUAACUUAAGUGAAUUUGCAUAAAGGAACUGUCAUGCUGCAACAAUAAUGUUGGUUGGUUCUUUCGCUCAUAGAGGACGGUAUAUAUCGUAUGUGGCUUUGUUCUUUUCUGCACAAGUAUCUACGGAGUAUUUUACAACCUAUGAGACUAUUAAUAGAAAAAAUACAUAUUUGUGGUUUGGUUCCUUUCUGCAGAAUCCCGUCCAAUUAGAUAUUCAGCCCUGUGAUGAAUCCUCAAGUUAAAUAUAACGUAAAGUUAUCCUGUAGUUAAGUUACAAUCGUCUAAUUGGUGUGAUUUAUCAUAUUUAACUUAACUACUUGCGUUAUUUAUUGACAGUUCUUGAGUUAUCUGGUGUAUCAACUGCUAUUUUAUAACGCGACGUUAAACGUGCAGUUAUGAGAUAACUUUGUAGUUAUUUAAGGAUUGUAAGGUUAGGUUUAUGUUUUAAUUUGUUUUUAGACAGAAAUCAAGUGAAUAUUUAACGUAGAACGCUGCUUCAGGUUGUCCCAGGAACUUGUGCGGCGUUUUAUUAAUUUAAUAAAUCAAAUUUAAUAUCAAAUAUAAAGCAGCACAAAAUUAAAAAUAUGAAAAACAUAGAAAUAAGAUAACAAUUAAAAACAACACGUAGGUAAUAAUAAAAUUAAAACAUUAAUUAAAAAUGAAAAAUAAAGCUAGUGAUUUUAGAAUAGAAGGGUCAUACAAUUUUAAAAAUCGUAUUAUAUAUAAUCAAAUUCCCUUCUACGAUAUUGGUGUCUUUAUUACAAUAAUAACUUAGAUAUUGUGUACAAAUUUACGCCACUGACUUCUAUUUUGUGCCAAGACUUUUGCUUCUUUCCAGGAUUUGCCUCUCUUUUGUAGAACUUUUCCAAUAGCUUGGCCCCAUGUUUCUCUUGGUCUUCCUCUCUUCCUCUUGAUAUUUACUCUCGCUUCUAAAAUCAUUUUUACCGGUCUUCUAUCGUGUAGGCUUUGUAAAUGUCCCCAUCAGCUGAUUUGUCUUUUUUGUAUGAAUUCUUAGAUUGAUUCCACCUCCAGAUCCUCUCUUAUCUGCUUAUUUCUUACCCUAUCAAGUCUUGUGACUCCUCUUGCUCUUCUUAGGUACUUCAUUUCCGUCGCUUGUAUUCUGCUCUUCUGCCUCUCUGUUAAUGUCCAAGAUUCGCAACCUAAGGUGAGUAUGAGUGUCUAUAUUGCCUUAAAUACUUUCAUUUUUGUACUUUGCGCUAUUUCCUUUUUUCCUAUAAAAGUUUUGUUCAUUGCAUAAUAUGAAGUUAUUGCUUUCUCUAUACUUUUAUCGAUUUCUAAACCUUGUUGUCCUGAAUCUUCAAUUUUUACACCCAGGUAUUCGAAGCAUUCAACUUGUUGUAUAUGUAUACCAUUGAUCUGAAUACUCACGUUUUCUUUAGUUUCUGCUACUACCAUUACUUUUGUUUUUGUUAGGUUUAGUUUCAUGCCAUUUUCUUCUAAUAUUUCAUUCCACGUUUGUAAGUUUUCCUGUAGGUCCUUUUCUUUUGCUGCCUUUUCUUUUGCUGUCACACGGAAUAUACGUAAAAAGUUAUCGGCACAGUUAUCUGUCAAAGUUAUCUUAACUUUAACGCAAACGUUAAGGAUAACUUCGGUCAUCCAUCACAGGGCUGAUUGAGUGCAUUUCUAAUAUAAGGAGAUUUGUAUUUUCAAUGAUAAAAACACUUCAGAUUAUACAAAGUUACGAUUUUGUAAAAAAUAUUAUCGUGGCAUAUUCUGAUUUUUAUUCUUAACAAACAUGUCUAUCAGAAAGGUUCUGACACUGUUUUCUUGUGGUAUGUCUUAAGUUAAAUAUGCCAGUAUGGGAUUAAGCCAAAGUUGGUUGAUUGAUUCGUUGAUUCAUUCGUUUAUUAAGCCACAAUUGUUAUUUGAUGAUUCAAGUUUCACUCCGAAAAUCGUUUUCAAAAAAGAUUAUAUUUGUUGAUUAUUUUUUUCAAAUUGACUUGGGUAACUUACUUGGCCUCUUAUAUAGGCAAAUAGCCAGGCUUUUAGUUGAAAAUCGUGAGGGUUGUGUGAGUGUAGCCAAGUGUUGUCAUAUUUCCAACGACACCUAUCAUUAUUUACCAUUUUAUAAUUUAUUCCACUGCUCGCAAUAUAUUUAACCAGCUUUGUUGAACUCUAUUCAUGGUCUUUCGACUCGGAUUUACAGUAACAAAAACAAAAAGUAAAUGGAUAAACAGAAAUACAAAAGAAUGUGCAAAAGCGAAGAAAACAAUAAAGUCGAUAUAUCGUAAUAAACUCUUCUUCUUUCUCAUAAUUCUUAGUGCCCUUCAGGCGUCGGAUGUCGGGUUCCGCCUUUUAUCCAUUUCUUCCAAUCGCUUCUAUUGGUGGCCAGGUUCUUCAUAUCCCUCAUACUCAUGUGUCUCCUUUCCCCUAUAUCCUGAAUCUGGUCCAUCCAUGUCUUCCUCGGCCUUCCCUUUUUUCUUUUGUUUCCCAUUUUGGCUUCAUGUACCUUCUUAAUCUUUUUUGCUCCAUUCGUUGUAUGUGUCCAAACCAGCUUAAUUGUUUGUUUUCGAUCUUCCUCAUUAUCGGUCCUUGUUCCAGCUCUCUUCUGAUAUCUUCAUUUCUGAAUCUAUCAAACUUCGUAACUCCGGCUAUUCUUCUUAUGUAUUUCAUCUUGGUCGCGUUUAGCAUUGAUUCAUGUUUCUUUUGCACUAGGGCUUCCAAUCGGGAUCCCGCGUAAUUUUCCAAUCCCGCGUGAUGCGGGAUUACAGGUGCGGGAUUUGCGGGACUGAAAAAAGCGUACAUUACUGCUGUAGUUACGCUCAAAAUUAUCAAAGAACUGUGUUUGCGCCGUAUUUUACAACGACGUAGAAAUGUGGCUGCACUACUGAUUUAUCACCAAAAGCCUCGUAGUUACCAAGUGUCGUGUGACGAUGAAACUGUUCAUCUCCCACCGAAAAGUUUACUUCGAAAAUAAAUUAAUGAUUUUGUAACGGGAAUGAACCAGCCCUUUAAAUUCAUCUGAGAGCAAUGAUGACGAAGAGGCUGAUCAAGUAAGAAACACGUAAGAAACAAUGAAGAGGUUCCAUCAUCGGGUUCCGAUCUUGAUCUUACAUUGCAACAGGAGUUAGAGUUAACUAUAUCGUCAGCAUGUAAUGUAUUUACUUUGCCCCUAGCCAUCUCGAGCUCAUACACUUGAGUUCAUUAUUAAAAUAGAAAUGACUCUAUGAAUCUGGUGAGUAAAUGGGAAAAUAUCUUACAUUUACAUAUAAAGACUAAAAAGGAAUACCGUCGACGUAUGGAAGCCGAAUGGGCAUGUUCGGCUGCUGGCUAUAUUGUGUCUAAAGUACGCAGGAUUUUGGCAAAUAACAGUUUAGAUUUAGAUACUGGCUGGUAUGAAUAAAACUAAAAAUACAGUAUAUACUCCAAAUUUUGGAGUACAUACUCCACGCGUUAGUAUCUACUCUUAUGUACCUACGGUGAGUAGAAACUCAUCACAUCAACAUAUUUUUAUUCAUAUGAAAUAAUGUAGUAUAAACUUAUACUUUAUGCUCAUACUCAUGAGAACGUACUUGGAGUUUAUACUCCGUUUUUAUUCAUACCAGCCAAUAUGUUGUGUUUCCAUUGCAAACAAUUUCAAUUGAAAGCUUUAGCUAAGCUAAAUAAUAGUAACUUAUAGCUAAGUAAUAUAGCAACUAAAUUAGUAGGCUAUAUUAAUUUUCUGUUGAAAAUGGUUUUUUUGGUUGUUUUUUUUUUAAAUUUUGUUGGUGUAUUUUUUGAAGAUAGAUUUUUUUGUUUUUCCUGUAUUUGUUACUGUUUUUUGUGAAGAAAAAACAGUUUUGAUCUCAUACUAAUAGUAAUACUUAAAUAAAUGUGGAGUUGAUUAAUUAAUUGUUUUAUUUGCCUUAUAUUAAUACGACUAUUUUCAAUCGCGGGAUUGAAAAUUCUUAGUCCCGCAAAUACCGAGAUUGAACUCAGGCUGCGGGAUUGGAAGCCCUAUUUUGCACAAUCCAUGUUUCCGACCCAUAUGUCAUUAUCGGAUUUACUAUGCUGUUGUAUACUCUGAGUUUAGUUUUGUUGUUUAUUUCUGACUUUCCAAAAAUUGUAUUAUUUAAAGAGUAAUACACGUUAGUUGCCUUUUUCAGUUUAUUACUUAUUGCCAAGUCCGUUUUCCCAUCAUCUGGUAAUAAAGUCAUAAAUUAAAUAAAUUCUGAAAAAUUUAACACUUACUUGAAUAAUGAACAUCUCUCAAAACAAAAAAGCGACAUUAUAAGAAGAAGAUAAUAUUAUGCAUUUUCAUUAAAGCAGUCGUUUUGGACUCGAUCAUAUAAUGAUUUGAAAAUUCGCUUUUUGAUGUUUACGUGGUUUGAGUGGUAAUUUAAAUAUCUGUUAGUAGAAUAGAAAACCAACCCACACCAACAUGCAAACAUAUCUGGGGCAAUGAGCACAGAGUAAGUAAAAAGAUGCAUCAAUAGUCACAAAAAAAAUCAUGACAUGAAAAACCAAAGAAGCAGCUCUCAACUUACUUAACCUUUUUUACUGCCACUUACUUAACCUCUCUAGCAGCUCUCAACUUACUUAACCUUUUUUACUGGCCCACAAUAAGAGGUUAUUCUCCAUAUGCCAGCAAAAUAUUAUACCCAUAAGAUGAAUCAUAAUACGAAGAACGCGAGGAAGUUGCUGGCAGUCAAUAGGUUAACGAAGAAAAAUGUGUAGCAUGUCCAUCAGUAGAAUGUAGCAGGAUCUGGUUGCCAAUACUAAAAGAAAUCAGCAACAGUAAUAUACCAACUUUAACUGAUUAAGGACAGUCAGAGACACGUCAUCUACAAUUAUACAUAAACACACAACACAAUCAGAAUUUUAUCAUUCUGAGGAUAAUUUUCAACUAACGCCAUGGCUACUUGCCUACAAGUUCGAGGCCAAGUAAGUCACCCGUCAAAACAAUAACCGCCAAACAAAAAACAAUAGGGAACUUGCACAUUUUUUUUAUUACAUAAUAAUGUUCAGUUUUGUAUACAAAUGAGAUUUACAAAAUUUUACGCUUCAAAAACUCAUAAUAACUUAGAAGUACAAAUUUAAAGUCUUCUUUAUCUUAAAAUAGUUCAAACGACCCGUGACGUCACAGAGUUUAACUAUGUGGUUCCGUUUAUGGUUAUAUUUCUUAGUUAUAUAUCUUCUUUUUCUUUAGUUUAUUGGCCUCCACCUACUUGCGUAUUUGGCCAGCUCGUCGUCGGGGAAUAGAGGAAAAAUAUUUAUAUUCUAAUGACAUUUAUCGUAUGUCGUUGUAAUAAUAUAUACCAGUUUGUUGAGAUUGGAGUUUGAUACAGUUUUUGAAGGAAAGGAAAGAAGGUUUACUAUUGAAAAUAAAACCAUUUUGUAAAAGUACAAAUUUUCUAUGAAUAGUUCAAACGAUCGAAAACACUUUUAACGUCACAUAACUGUAUUUUUUACUGACGUUUAUAAUGUCUAAUUUAAAAUUAUAUAUACAAUGGUACACGACAAUUAGACCGAAAGCAGUAGACCGAACUCAUUUGACCGAAAAGCACUUUACCGAAACGUCACUAGACCGAAAAGCAUUAGACCGAAAUGGUAUAUAAAUUAAAAAAAGAUUGUAGUAAAUUAUGCUGCGAUUUUGUAUAUCGGUCUUUUUGUUUAUUGUAUUUUUUUUGUACUAUUUUAUAUAUAAACUGUGUAAAUUGUUACUCUCUACAGUCUGAUAGGAAAAAAUUUUCAUCCGUUAAACAAAUUAGUGAAGGUAAAAAUAAAUUAAGGGUAGAGUGACGUUAACACUAUUUUAACUAUUUAUAAUAACCAUCCAAAAGCAUUUAGUUGUAAUUACAUUAGUCUUAUCUCUUUUACUGCGACAACUAAAAAGAACUACUUUUCGGUCUUCUGCUGUUCGGUCUAGUGAGCUUUCGGUAAAGUGCUUUUCGGUCUAAUGAGUUCGGUCUACUGCUUUCGGUCUAAUGAUUUCGGUCUCUUUACAGUAAACCAUAUACAAUUAUUGGUGUAGAAUGUAAACAUACAACCCCGUGACGUCACGACGCGUUUUGGGGUGGCUGGCAUAAGUUGAAUUUUUAGUCGUCUUUAGGGGCCAAACGAAGGACAAACAAAACUUUUUUAUCUUUGAUACAGGUUCUAAAUUAUGUUCUGUUGUGAUUUAUACCAUUAUUUUCGAAUUUAAAAUUUUUUGCAAGUUCCCUAUUAUAGAAUGUAAUUUUCCUUACAAUAAAUUGUGGCUAAAAUCCCAUAUUAUAAAGCAUUACCUAUAAAACAUUACUCUAAAACGCACUUUAGCCCUUAUAAAUGUUACUGAGCGCUAUUAUGAGCGCCCAAUAAUGUUCUAUUGGAACGUUAAUUUUUCUGGGAUGUACCCUUUUACAAUGUUGUAUUGGAAUUAAGAUAUUUAUUUUUGUGGAAAAAUUAAAAGGAAUUGAAAGUUGGAGAAUUGAUUUUAGUUAUAAGUUAGUCAUACGCUUUACUAUUAUUUCUUGACAAAAGAUUUAUUUUUAAUGUAGCCAAACUAAGGCAUGUUUUGGGCAUCAAAGCGGUCCAAUAGAGUUGUAAAGUAAUCAAUAUGAGUAAUCAUCGGCCUAAUAUGAAAAAUGCAUAAGUCCAACAUAUUCAAUUUUAGGCUUUUGAUGGCAUCCGUUAGCAUUAUCCGAAAGCUAUGUACGGCUCUGUUUUCUUCUAAUAUAGUUUACUAGAUUUGACUAAAAUUGUGAAAAUGAAGUCUGCGUAAGUCCAUUAAUGUUGAAAACCGUAUGAAAUCUGCACAAGUUCGCUCUUGUUAGUGGCCAAACCGUUCAAACGUAUCGGUGCUUUUCUGUUUGUACAAUAAAAAGUCUUUUCAUUGUAAACGGGUGAAUACCUACUAAUAUACUACAGAUCAUCAUCAAUGGUGCUACAGCCCUAUGAGAGAGCCUCGACUUUCUUAAGUCUAUUACGCCAGUCAGUCCUAUCCAUUGCCAACCGUUGGCAGUUUGCUGCGCCUAUUUUUCUCCCAUCCUUAUCUACACCAUCCUUCCAUCUGAGUUUUGGUCUACCCCUAUUUCUACUUCCCACAGGUUGUGACAUAAGGAUUCUUCUAGGUGGGUUGUUAUGCUGUGAUCUUGCUAGAUGUCCUGCCCAUCUUAGUCUUCCUAUUCUUAUAAGAGAUACUACGUCUUUACCACCAAAUAUAUGUUUAUAUCUGUGGUAUACCUCGUAGUUGUACCUCCUCUUCCAAAUACCAUUUUCACAGAUGCCACCGAAUAUUCCUCUCAGGAUCCUUCGUUCUAAUAUACUACAGAUGACAGGUUAAAAUGAAACAACAUAUUGUGUGAUAAUUAAACAAAUUGCAUAAUUACUAAAACGGACUUAUGCAAUUUUCACAUAUCUACAUAGUUGUGUAUAAGUGGAGUUAUGCACAGUUAGUUUUUGUCUAUCCUCUAAAAUCAGAUAUUUUGGACUAUCCUCUAAAAUCAGGUAUUUUGGACUUUUCACUUUUCACAUUAGCCCGACGUAAUACCUUUAUCUUGUCAAAAAACAGGCGCCCAUCACGUUUCCGGUCAAUGGAUGACUUUCGUCUUUUCAGUUGGUCAUUCUCUGCUUUUUCUGUUCCUUUGUAUUCAAAAUGUAGGAAAAGACAGAAGUUUCAUUAAUUGUCACGUAUCGGCGAAAUAUAUGACAUUGUGUUUAUAAUGCUAAAAAAUCUUCUAAUUAGACACUUAUGUGGUUUUGACCACUGACUAAAUGCGGUAUACAUCACGUGGAUUGGAUAACUUUUUCGUAUACGAGGGUGGAUUGAUAUAAAACUAGCCUUUGACAGAAAAAACAAGUUUUUUGGGAUUAAAUCGAUUUAUUUCUCCAAUAUCUCAAAUAAUCUCGAGGCCUUUGGCUUGAUGCGCUUAGAAAGAAUAUGUUCCAAUUUUUUUACCCCAUCUGAAUAGUACUUUUGUUCGAGCUCUUCAAAAUAUAAUAAGAAAAUCUACGGUUUCGUUUUGAUUAAAACUUGUUUCUUAUUUUGUUAAUGCCAUACUCUGCAUAGAGUACAAAGACUCGUUUCAUAUGGGCUCUCUGAACCGCAAAGUGGAAUGUUUUCCUGGCGGUGCCUUUUGGUAUGUUAUACCUGGGUUAAGCAGAAAGCUUGAAUUGAGUCGAAAUUCAUUUCUCUUCAAAAUAGGCCGAAGUUUCAGAGGUGACUUCAUCGUUUGUUGCGAAACGGCGUUCUCCGAGCCAUUUUUUAGGUUUAAAAACAGGAUAAAGUGGCAUCCGCAAGAUCUGGGGAAUACGGUGGGUGUUCAACCAACUCAUAGCCCAAUUCGUGUAAUUUUGCCGUGGCGACUGCUGAUCGGUGAGCCGGUGCGUGGUCUUGGUAAAAGAGCACUUUUUUGCGUGCCAAACCGUGGCGUUUCGACGCAAUUCGGCGUGGACUCGAUCAAAUAAUACUAGUAGUACUCGUCAUUGUUUAUUUUUUUUUUGAGUGAAUUUGAUGGCCUUGGCCGAGCCAAUUGGCCAGACAUUUUGUUAUUUUAAAAACAAACAAAUUUGAUUUUUUAAUCAGAGGAAUUUUUUCUCUAUUUCUAACUCUAAAUACGUAACAAACUAACAUUAUUAUCUACAAUUAUUAUCUAAAUAAUACUCUGUUUUGGUUGUUCAUUUUUUUUUGUAAAUUUUUAUUUUUUUUUUGUAUUUUUUGUUGCAUUUUUUUAUAUUGUUAAUUUGUUUUUUUUAUUAUUUUUUUUUAUUGUUAUUUUUUAUAAAUUGUUUUUUUUUUACUACGCUAAGAAGUAAACCCGAUUCAACCUCGCGGAGGUUUACAUCUUCUUAGUUUUUUUUUUCUUUUUUUUUGCUUUUUUAUUUUUUCUGUUUUUUUUUUUUUUUUCUUUUUUUUUUCUCGUCAUUGUUUAUUUUUCCUUUUUCCAAGUAUAUCCCGAUCAGGGAACACAAAAUUUUACGAAAACCUCCAAAAAAAUAAAGGAAGGAUGAAAAUUUGGAAAUAGGUAGUUGAAAUUGUCAUUAUUAUAUAAGAAAAAGUUUACAAUUCUACAUCCCCUCCAUUUUACAAAAAUUGGAAAAUACGGAGUGAAGAAAUGACCAACAGAGGCAGCUCCACACUUUCAAUAUCACAGCAAAUAAACUUAAUAUGAGAAUAUCAGUAGAAAAAACUAAAUGUAUAGUGAUAAGUAAAGAGCCGCGUAGAUGUAAGUUAGAAAUAGACGGCAAAAUUGUAGAACAAGUAAUGAAAUUCAAUUACCUAGGAGUAGAUAUCACUAGUGACAGGAAUAUAAGAACAGGGACCAUAACACAAGCAACAAAAGCGGCAAGAGUAAGUGGUUGUCUCCGAGAAACCAUAUGGAGAGACAAAUAUCUGACCACGGAAAGCAAAAUAAAAGUAUACAAGACAACAGUAAGACCUAUCCUAACAUAUGCAGCGGAGACAAGGACCGAUACAAGAAAGAUUAAACAACAAAUCAACAAUAUCGCAAUGAAAGUAUUAAGAUCAAUAGCGGGCAUAUCAUCAAGAGACAGACAAAGCAACAGAAGUAUACUAGAGCGAUGCAAAAUUCAAAAUAUUAACAGGUGGAUAAAAACAAGAAAGAAAAACUGGAACGAACAUGUAAACCGAAUGGAACCAGAUAGAUUAGCGAACAUCUGUAAAAACAACAAGCCGUAUAGCAGAAGACCCGUUGGAAUGUUGAAUGAGAAAAAAAGUUUACAAAUAAUCCGAAGAAUUGUUUUAAAUUUGAUUUUUUUUAAUAAACAUAUAUUUUUUAACAUUGUAUUUUGAAAUCAUAUCCUAUACAAACGUUGAAAUAGUAUCGGUUGUGAAUACAGAAGUUAAUCACUUUUAUUUUACUUACAGAAUUUUUAAAGUCAUGUAACUAUAAUUUGUUUUAAAAAACACUAAAUUGCAUUUGUUUUUAAGAAUUUGGAAAGCUGAAUUUGUUCGUGAUUGCAAUAGUAUGUAUUGAAGGUGUGCCAGAGACCACGAAUAUUCCAGAAAUCACAAGUGAAGUUCAUGAUAUCGUCAUGGAAGAUGGUAGAACCAAAAUUCAUGAGAUAGAGGUUAUAAAGAGGUCAAAUGGUACAUGCUCAUGUACCCCGCUUGGGCUCUCCUACCAUAACUCAAUUCUCUGCGUUCACUAACAAUCCACCAGACUGCAUAAAAGUAUACAACACUGUCCAGUUAAUUCACAUGCUGUAGAGGGAUAAAACAUUGUUAAGCAACAGAAAUAGUCUUGGACGUAGUGUUCUACCCCUCUAGAAAAUAUGAUAAAAGCUGAUUAUUAAUGUGUAUGUAAUUUUUGAAAAAAAAAUUACUUAGUGCGGUAUCCCUCCAAAGUGCAGAAAUAUUUCUAUGUAUACCCUAAAAAAAUCCCAAAUGCAAAAAACUGACGCAACUUUAGUCAUGUCAGCAUCAUGUAUUUGUAACUUUUGGUAACAAUAGUAAAAUUUGAUUUUUAUAAUAGUUUAAUUUUGUUCCUUUUUUUAUUUGUUCACUUAAGUUGUUGAAAUCACAAACAUUUUUCCACAAAAAUAUCUUGUUCCAUAACCUAAAUCGAAGAUGUAAUAUAUCCAAUGCUUUAUAGAGUGGUUAUUGUAGAAUAAAAUGUAAAAAAUAUAAUAAAAAUAUAUGGAUAGUGUCUUCAGUUAUUACGCUCAAAAUAUUUUUAAGGUAUCAUUACUUUGAUUUAGAAAAUUGUAUCAACCAUUGUGUUAUAUCAGUAUCUAACUCUGUUUUAAAUAUACUAUAUUGUUACGCUUCUUCUAAAAAUCAAUGUAUUGAACUCCAAGAGAAGUUACAAUACUUUUAACUCGUAACACAGUGACAACUUUAAACAUCAAAAUUACAAAUACAACUGAGCUAGAAACGUCAACACCAUAUAUGUUUUUAUAUAUUUUCUGACGUUCUAGACGCCACUAGACAUUACUGGGUAAUUCCAUGACAUCGCGAAUAUUCUCUUAUUUGACUAUUUCUUCAGGAAAAUCAACAGGAGCUACAUCUUGAAUAAAAAGCCGCCUUGCUUUGUGUUGAAAUAUUUCUGUAGACGAUUUAUCCCAUAUACCUAUUGUGAUGUUUAUAUGAUACAAUUCUCCAAAAACGAUCGAAUCAAAAGCAAACAAAUUUUUUGAAAUUAGUACAUUUUAUAAACAUUGGAUGUAUUAUAUUUAUACUAGAGACAUGUCAUGUAAGAAUUGUUUUAUGAACGUUUUUGUUACAUUAAAUAAAAUAUAUUUUUUCAGUAAAAAGUUAGUUUUUUAUGAAAAUAUGUAGUUAGUAAGAUUUUUGUAUAGUUGUUUAAAAAUAUAUGUGUUGAAAAAGUC